UGAAAAUUGACUAGCCUGCCUAUUCUGUUUGAUACAAUGACCACAAAUAUACUAUAUAUAGUGGUGCAGGUUCCACUAUUUUCCCAACCUCAUAUCUUUACAAAAAAAAUGGCUGCAAGUGCCGCUACACUGCCUCGCUCUCUCAGUCGCCAUGGCCACCAACAGACACGAAUAUGGAAGGAAAUCUCUGUUCCACUGGUGCCCACCAUUCCUGAGACUCCUCCAUUUGAGGAUAUAUUGGAGGAAGAGCAAAAUUUCAGCAGUAAAAUACUGGUGAUUGGAGCCACUGGUUAUAUUGGCCGCUUUAUUGGUCUUGCAGCUGUUGCUGCAGGCCAUCCUGCUUAUGCUCUUAUUCGACCCACAACAGAAUCUGAUCCUGUCAAAAAACACUGCCUCCAAGAAUUGAAAAAUGCUGGUGUUCACAUUGUCCAUGGAGAUUUAAGUGACCACAAGUCCAUGGUAAAGGCCAUGCAAGGCAUUGAUGUUGUUAUUUCAGUUGUAGGCGGCGCUCAGAUAAUAGAUCAGCUCAAGAUAUUAGACGCCAUUAAGGAAAUUGGCACUGUUAAGAGAUUUCUUCCUUCGGAGUUUGGGCAUGAUAUAGACAUAGCCAAUCCAGUAGAACCAGGGCUAACCUUUUACAAAGAGAAGAGGCUUGUAAGGCGGGCAGUGGAGGCUGCUAAGAUCCCAUACACUUACAUCUGCUGCAACUCCAUUGCUGGCUGGCCUUACUUCUAUCACACCCAUCCCUCUGAGAUUCCUCCUCCCCAAGAACAGUUUGAAAUCUAUGGAGAUGGUAAUAUCAAAGCUUACUUUGUGACUGGGGAAGACAUUGGCAAAUACACAAUAAAAAUUGUGGAAGAUAUCCGCACUGUUAACAAAUGUGUGCAUUUCAGACCACCCAACAACUUUCUUACAUUAAACGAGCUCGCAGCAAUUUGGGAGAAGAAGAUUGGAAAAACCCUGCCUAGGGUUUGCAUCUCAGAACAAGAUCUCUUGGCCAUGGCUGAAGCCAAACAAAUUCCUGAGAGCAUAGUGGCUUCACUGACUCAUGACAUUUUUAUCAAUGGAUGUCAGUACAGAUAUGAAAUCAAAGCACCCAAUGACUUGGAAGUUUGCCAACUUUAUCCAGAAAUUAAGUAUACUACUGUCCAGGAUUUUUUUGAUGGGUAUCUCUGAAUUCAAAACCAAGUAAUCAGCUCACUUAAUAAAGACAGUCAAUGAGUAAUGUCAUAAAAUAUCAACAGUCCACAAUGAUGGGCUGUUGAACCAGCUUAUUCAAUUCAUGGGUUUAUGUGUGUUGCCAUCUGUUUAGAGGUUUUAUUAUUUUUUUUUCAAAUCGUUUCUUGUGCUACAAAUCAUGUGACCAUUUCUUAUUCAGCUUCAUUUAAAUAUGAAUCACUUCGAAUCUUGUCAUCUUCA